UAAAUACUCUUAACAAAUAGUAUUUCUGAAGACACGAACAUAAUAUGGGUCGUGUUAGAACUAAAACUGUUAAACGUGCUUCACGAGUAAUUAUUGAAAAAUAUUAUCCUCGGUUGACUAAUGAUUUUCAUACAAAUAAAAAAGUUUGUGAUGAAGUAGCUAUUAUUGCCUCGAAAAAAUUAAGAAAUAAAAUUGCGGGAUAUACAACACAUUUGAUGAAAAGAAUACAAAAGGGACCAGUUUGUGGGAUUAGUUUUAAGCUUCAGGAGGAAGAAAGAGAGAGGAAAGAUCAGUAUGUUCCGGAGAUAUCUGCACUUAGUACAAAUGUUGCAGCACUUGAAGUAGAUAUCGACACUAAGAAUAUGUUGAAGGCAAUAGGUUAUGAUUCUCUUGCAGUCACUGUAAAUACAUCACUUGCAGGCGCGGUUGAACAACAAGCAUUUAGAAGCCAAAGGCGUUCUUAAAUUCAAACACAAGGAAAAAAAAUAUAUGAAAAAUUUAUUUAUAU